CGUCUUAUUAUAGAAUACUCAACAGACAUAUACAAGACUAUGUUCCGGAUUUGGUGGUUCUAUGAAUGUUCGUCAUAAAUUUACACAAAUCUUUGAAGAUAUUUUUGAUGAUGAAUCCAAAAUAUAUCAUUCUUUUAUCAUAUGUAUGCUUAACACAUUUCAGUAGUCUAAUGUUUAGUCAUGCAUCAACUGAAUCAUGGUAUAUAAGAUCACGUAAGGGUGUUGCAGCCAAUGUUGCUGCAUCGGCUUCAUCAAAAACACAACCAGUACCCAUAUCAACUCAAUUAACGACAAGCGGUCGUGCUUCAACAUUUUCAUAUGAUGAACCCCAAUUUACAAUAAGUGAUUCGAAUCUUCGGAGUGGUUCAUUUACAGCAGAAGAAAAACUGGUAGCUCAACUACUGAAUCGAGGGAGUUUAACUGUUCGACCAAAUGGUUAUAUGAAUCAGUCUACAAAUCCUGUACACGUUAAUAUAACUUAUAAUGUUGUACAGAUUCUUGGAUUUUCACAAUCAGAAGAAACCUUGAGUAUCUCCGGAUGGUUUACUAUGAGAUGGACCGAUCCUAGAUUGACUUGGGAUCCAGAGGAGUUCUCUGAAAUUCAAGAAGUCAGUCUACCAACAACAAAUUUAUGGAUACCAGAUGUGGGCGUUAUGAAUGGAAAAGCAUCCACUGAUUUCGAUUUUAGUGCAGGUGUAAGAGGACGGGUUACCGUAAGCAAUGACGGAUCAGUUACUUGGCUUCAUGGUGCGGUUCUAGAUGUGACAUGUCCCCUUGAUGUAUCAUUUUUCCCGUUUGAUUAUCAAACAUGUUUUCUGAUUCUUGUUCCAUGGCAAAGUGGUGAACAACAAUUACUUUUGCAACCAUUUACACAUGGUUCAGCAGUGGAUAAUAGUUACUUACCUAAUUCUAAUGUCAGUGAAUGGGAAAUUCAAUCUGUUCAUUUUGUACGGAAGAAAUAUCGUAGUGAUAUGAAUGUCACUUACCAAUAUGUGAGUAUUGCUAUCCAUCUUAAAAGGCAGCCGCUGUAUUUUAUUGUACUUGUUCUUGUUCCAUUUUCAAUGUUAUCUGCUCUUGCAUGCUUGAUCUUCACAUUAGAUGACACAGGAGAUAGGUUAUCAGUUGCACUUUCCUUAGUUCUCAGUAUGACUAUGUAUGUGGUGAUUGUAUCAACAAAUGCUCCCCGCUCAAUGAGGACAUUGCCUGUUUUAGGUAUUUUUCUGCUGGAUCAGCUUGGCCUCUUAAGUAUUGCAACAAUACUUGCUGUAAUGAACAACAAACUAUACCAAUCAACAGAACUACUCACUUGGCAAGAUUUCAUUUAUGCAAUCUCAGGCACUGGACAAGGUAAACGACGUAACAGUGAGCCAUACUCUGAACACCUUUAUGUUAAUAGACACAUGCAUGAAAAUCAUAAUUACAAUGAUAGAUAUAAAACACCACGCAAUAACACAAACAGACAAGAACCAAAAUAUAAAUCGUCAUUACAACAAACAGACCAGUUAAUUGAGAAGAGUAUUUCCAGACAACAGUACUAUUUUAAAAAGUACUGCAAACCUGUAAAACUGUUAUCACGUAAAAGUAAUAAGACCGUUAAUAAUAAUAAUAGUAACAGUAAUUGUGGUAAAAGUAAUAAUCAAUCAAACCGUUAUUUUCCAAUCCAUCCUGACAGUGGACACUUCAUAAACCAUUGUGAUUCAGAAGUUAUCCUAAAUGCAACAAAUUUUACAUCAGAUGUCAAAUAUCGUCCUAUUGACCCAGACUCUGACAGUCCAAUCGGACAAGUAAAUAAGAUAUCAAGACCUAAAUUUUUAGAAUCAGCUAAUUCCAAUAUCAUCCAUAAUAUUAACGCUUUUAAGAAUAGUAAGACUGAAAUUAACAACAGUACUAUUAGUGAUAAACAAGAUAUAAUGAAAUGUCAUGAAUACAAAAUGAUCCAUCCGAGAUUACGUAAUAGCGAUUUUUCAAAUAAAUCUCAUUUUAUAAAAAACAAACCGAAAGACAGUGUUUCAGAAAGAUCUCCUUGGAGAGAACAUUUACCGAUGUCAUAUGACCAAAUAAUGAAGCAGAAGUAUCCAAUGAAGCCAUCAUACAAAUACGCCGCGCCAUCAGUAACUGAAAGUUCACCAAGUGAUGACGAAAACGAUGAUGUAAACAGUGAUACAGAUGAUGUAGAUAGUGAUACUUCAGAAAGAAUAUUCCGAACCACUGUAACAGCAACUGCAGCAGCGGCCUUGGCAGCUACUCGUGUUAUUGCUUCUGAUUAUGGUGUAACAGAUCUAAAUCCAUCUCAAACAAAAAUGUAUGGGGCGAAAUCAAAUCUUAACACAAACAAAAAUGCUUCUGGUUUUUACGAGACAGCUAAAUCAAGGAAACAUAUACGAAGUGACUUACCAAUAAAAACAGUGGAAGAAUUUGAUCAUAUUGAUUCUAAGUUAGCCGCUCAAGCAGCAAUAAAUGCAGCAUUUGAAGCAGCUGCACAAACUUAUCAACUGAGUAAAGAAUAUACUAGACAUCAAAAUCCCCACGAUUCAUACCAUUUCCCAUCGUCCAAGUGUGGAAAACGCCAUAAACAAAGCUUAUUAAUCAACAGCAGCUAUAACGACCACACUGACUACCUCACAGAAUUAAAUUCAUAUCCGUACCGCAAAUUAGCUUCACGUUUAGACUGUAUACAAAUGAUAACUUACCUUUUCUUAUCAACGAUAAAUGCUAUUGCUUGUCUCAUACUUAUGCCAAAAUACUCACAAGAUUCUAAUCCACCAGCCCAUUUGAUCUCAUAAAAAGUGAAUGAUUAGUCGUAAAACAUUGUUUUAUUCCACUUCAUAAGUUAGAAAAUAAUUUUACCAGGGAAUCUCACUGACCACUUCCUUUGAUUCAUACGGCCUGUCCGUCUUAUAUAUAGGGUAUAAAAUUUAAUUUAUCAGUUGAAUUUGUAAUUGAUAAAUAACUUUUAGCUUAUUAGUCCUCAGAAAAUAAUACUAAUCAUAAAUAAUUGAACUCAGUGGCUGAAAUGUAACCUGGUCAUGAAACUUAAAGGUUUCGGUUUCAGUCUUGAAGAGUAUCAAAACUUCAUACCACUGUGAAGUAAAAACUAACCAUUCAAAAACUAAGUGAUUCAAAUCGAAUUCCAAGUGGUAUUUCAACUGAUGACGAUUGGCCUAAACUUAAACCAAACUAAUUAAACGAUUAAUUAAACUAACUAUUAGUUAACCAUUGUUCAUUAUUUUCUUUUCUUCAUUGUUUAAUGUUGUAUUUGUCAUUUAAAAUGUCGCUUUCUUAUUCUGCACAUGUUCCAACCUUUUUUCCUGUACACCUAAAUAUUUAAAAUUAAUUAUAUAAUGACACUUUUUAGAGUUAGAAAAAAAAGGACUGACUAGAGUUAUCUCCCAAU